AUGCCCUUUCAUUCCAUUUCCUCCUCUUUCACGAUUGUGUCCCCAGCAGCAUCACUCAACGAUUUCAACAAUUCAACAACAAAUUCCACUUCUCCAUAUGAUGUCUUAUUGCAAAUCCAUCCGAUUGGCCUUGGAGUGAUAUUCACUACCAUCAACUGGUUAUUUACAACUCUCGGAGCAGCAGCUUGUUUCUUCAUGAUUUGCUGCUCUAAAACAACAAGUCGAUUCUAUGAUGAUUUCCUAGCAUUGAGUUUUGGAUUAGGAGGUGGUAUUAUGCUUGCUGCUAGCUUCUUUUCAUUGUUAGCUCCAGCUAUUGAAUUAUCCGAGAAGCAAUAUCCUCAAUAUAUUUCCGUUUUACCAGUAUUUGGAGGGUUUACAAUCGGAAUUGUCUUCUUUCUUGUGUUUGAUAUUGCUCUUGAUUACCUCAAUGACUAUGUAGAAAAGAAGAAAAUUCAGUACGACCGAGAAUUACAGAAAUUGAAAGAAAACGAAUUGAGCACCAUUCAGCCCAUGUUGUCGCAUCAACCUUCAUCCACAACAGCAUUGACAGAAAAUUCUUCAUUGGGUUUCCUUCAGCCAUCUGAUUCUUGUGAGAUGAUUCUUCCAGCAUCAUCGUCAAAAGAAGACAUUUCUAAGGAUAAUAAGGCUGAUACGAGUGUUGAACUCUCAGAAAAGAUCAACACAGAACAGACACAACAACAACAACUACAAAAACAAGAGGAUCUAUCAGCCCCAGCCAUGAACACAGAAUCGACGAAAAAAGAUUGGAAACGUAAGAUGAGUGAACUUUUGAUCAAAUUUAGACGAUCAUUCUUGCUUAUGUUAUCCAUGACAAUCCAUAAUUUACCUGAAGGUGUCGUGGUAGGAGUAGCUUUUGGAUCUGUGGGAUUAGGCAAAACAGGUAUUUCUAUUUCGAGUGCAGUAAGUUUGAGUAUAGGCGUGGGUAUCCAGAAUAUUCCUGAAGGAUUGUCUGUGUCGCUUCCUCUGGUUCGAGAUGGUGCUGGAUUUAUCAAAUCGUUUCUGAUUGGAAGUGCCAGUGCCUUGGUUGAAAUUCUUGGUGGUUUAAUUGGCUCAGGACUUGUCUAUUUCAGUGAGAGUAUUUUACCGUAUGCCUUGUCAUUUGCUGCAGCGUGCAUGGUCUUUGUUGUUGUAAAUGAAUUAAUUCCGGAAACAAUUUCAAAACACGAUCAUGAGUGUGAGCCAAAAUCAGAUUUGGUUUCGUCCAAGUUGGAGGAAGGAAAAGGUGGAUCUACUUUGUCUCUGGAACCUGUUUCUAUUGUGGAGCCUAUUCGGAAAAAGAGACCUCGUUUCUACAAGUUGACAAGUAGGAUUGGCCUUACUGGAUUCUUUUUAGGAUUCAUUGUCAUGAUGAUUCUAGACUUGAUUUUAUAA